UGAUUCUGUCAUGCCAUUUAAAAAGCCUUAGUGUGAUUUAAUCAGUAAUGUUUUGCAGCCGUUUUUGCAAAUUGAAUUUACGGCAUGCCAGCAUUGCAAAGCAGUUGCGUUUAGUCUAGAAUCAUUUUAAUCAUGGAUCCGCCGAAGCUGAUUUUGCUGUUCAGCGGCAAGCGAAAAUCCGGAAAGGAUUUUGUUACCAGCAUAAUUCAACAAAGAUUGGGGUCCAGUGUGUGUGCCAUUCUCAGACUGUCCGGUCCUUUGAAAGAACAGUAUGCGAAGGAGCAUGGCCUGGAUUUCCGAAGGCUCCUGGACGCCAGCGGAUACAAGGAGAAGUUCCGGGAGGACAUGAUCCGCUGGGGGGAGGAGAAGAGGAACGCCGAUCCCGGAUAUUUCUGCCGGCUGAUUGUCCGGGACGUUCCCCAGCCGGUGUGGAUCGUGAGUGAUGCUCGCCGGGGGUCCGACGUGGAGUGGUUCCGGUGCCGGUACCAGCUGCAGACCCGCACUGUGAGGGUCCAGGCCAGCGAAGAGUCCAGGAGAGAGCGUGGCUGGGUGUACACUGCAGGAAUCGAUGAUGCGGAGUCGGAGUGUGGUCUGGACCAGGGCGUGGCUUUCGAUUGGACGAUCAGCAACGACAGUGACGGGCCGCUGUUGGAGGAGCAGCUGGAGAGGGUUCUGAGGGGCGUUCAGGACUGCCUGCAGCUCUGACACGGGGCCACAAGGGGGCAGUGCAGCGCCAAUAGAAAACCCAAUAGGGAGUUCAGUAAUUCUGGACUGACUGGGCUGAUCUCAGACAGCCCUGCAGCUGCUGUGAUGAGUUUUGCAUCACCAAGAAUUUUAGGAUUGAGACACUAAAAAAAAAAAAAAAAAAAAAAUGAACAUAAUUUAGAUCUUUUAUUUAUCAUGUAAUCAAAGAAACUACAAAGUGAUGUUAAAAAAAUAAAUAAAAAAGUCUACCCCUAGGAAGCCAUAAUAGCAGUACAGUAUUUCAUGUUAGAUUUCCAAAUGUCACGUUUUUCCAUUUCAGUUCAGUAUAUGGAAAACUAUACAAAGCGCUGGGUGUGUAAUUCAAUAUGUUAACAAGGGAACAUUAUUCAGCAGCUUUCAUUGGACUCUAUGAAGCUGAGGGAGUUCAUUCUAUAUAGAGGGGGUGGAAUUCAAUAUGUUAACAAGGGAACAUUAUUCAGCAGCUUUCAUUGGACUCUAUGAAGCUGAGGGAGUUCAUUCUAUAUAGAGGGUGUGCAAUUCAAUAUGUUAACAAGGGAACAUUAUUCAGCAGCUUUCACUGGACUCUAUGAAGCUGAGGGAGUUCAUUCUAUAUAGAGGGUGUGGAAUUCAAUAUGUUAACAAGGGAACAUUAUUCAGCAGCUUUCAUUGGACUCUAUGAAGCUGAGGGAGUUCAUUCUAUAUAGAGGGGGUGGAAUUCAAUAUGUUAACAAGGGAACAUUAUUCAGCAGCUUUCAUUGGACUCUAUGAAGCUGAGGGAGUUCAUUCUAUAUAGAGGGGGUGGAAUUCAAUAUGUUAACAAGGGAACAUUAUUCAGCAGCUUUCAUUGGACUCUAUGAAGCUGAGGGAGUUCAUUCUAUAUAGAGGGGGUGGAAUUCAAUAUGUUAACAAGGGAACAUUAUUCAGCAGCUUUCAUUGGACUCUAUGAAGCUGAGGGAGUUCAUUCUAUAUAGAGGGGGUGGAAUUCAAUAUGUUAACAAGGGAACAUUAUUCAGCAGCUUUCAUUGGACUCUAUGAAGCUGAGGGAGUUCAUUCUAUAUAGAGGGGGUGGAAUUCAAUAUGUUAACAAGGGAACAUUAUUCAGCAGCUUUCAUUGGACUCUAUGAAGCUGAGGGAGUUCAUUCUAUAUAGAGGGGGUGGAAUUCAAUAUGUUAACAAGGGAACAUUAUUCAGCAGCUUUCAUUGGACUCUAUGAAGCUGAGGGAGUUCAUUCUAUAUAGAGGGGGUGGAAUUCAAUAUGUUAACAAGGGAACAUUAUUCAGCAGCUUUCACUGGACUCUAUGAAGCUGAGGGAGUUCAUUCUAUAUAGAGGGUGUGGAAUUCAAUAUGUUAACAAGGGAACAUUAUUCAGCAGCUUUCGUUGGACUCUAUGAAGCUGAGGGAGUUCAUUCUAUAUAGAGGGGGUGGAAUUCAAUAUGUUAACAAGGGAACAUUAUUCAGCAGCUUUCAUUGGACUCUAUGAAGCUGAGGGAGUUCAUUCUAUAGGGGGGUGCCACACUUUUGGCCAGAGCUGGAGAUCUAAAUUAGAUUUCACCCCUUCAUGCAUGAAGUAUUGAAAAAUAACUGGAAAAAAAAAACCUACUUUUGAAGAUGUAAUUAAUAAAUAUAUUUUGCUAUAAAAAA